UUGGUGGGCCCAUUGUCCAUCGAUUUUUGCGCCACUGGCCCUUGGGGUUUCACGGUUAUCAAAAAAAGAAGAAGAAAGGAAGCUGUGAAUUUAAGGAGUAUUGCACCUCCUCGACUUCAUUCUCAGACUCUCUCAAAGAACCAAAGAGCUGCUUUAGCUGAGAUAACAGAUGUUCUGCGAGCAGUUUGCCAUGCGCAUAAGCUGCCUCUUGCUCUGACGUGGAUUCCCUGUAGUGUCACUGAAGGAGAAGGAGAUGAAAGCAUAAGAGUCCUUGCUAGAGGAUGUAAUGCAAGUUCAAAUGAAAAAUGUGUGUUAUGCGCCGAGGAUACAGCUUGUUAUGUGAGUGACAAGGAAAUGCAAGGAUUCGUACAUGCAUGUAUGGAACAUUAUCUCGAGGAAGGUGAAGGUAUUGUUGGGAAAGCUCUUCAAUCUAACCACCCCUUCUUCUACCCUGAUGUGAAGGAGUACCAUAUAAGCGAGUACCCACUUGUUCAUCAUGCACGAAAGUUUGGUCUAAAUGCUGCUGUGGCUAUAAGAUUACGUAGUACAUUCACCGGAAAUGACGAUUACAUAUUGGAGUUCUUUCUUCCUAUCAGUAUGAAGGGAAGUACCGAGCAACAGCUUCUCUUGAAUAACCUUUCAGGUACCAUGCAACGAAUCUGCAGAAGUUUGAGAACAGUGUCAGAUGCAGAGUUGGUUGGACAAGGUGCUACGUUUGGAUUACAAGAUGGAUUUGCUCCCAAUUUACCACCGAUUACAUUGUCUAGAAGGAAUUCUCAGCACUCGUUAGACAGCAAUUCAAAUUCUGCAAGUGUGGCUCCUUUAGGCGUAUCUGAUUCAAAGAGUGCUGGAAUGCAAGCUGAUGGUUGCCGUGAACAGGCAAUGAUUGGAUCAAGAAGACAGAUGGAGAAAAAACGAAGUACAGCAGAAAAACAUGUUAGCUUAAGUGUUCUUCAACAGUACUUCUCUGGAAGCCUGAAGGAUGCUGCAAAAAGCAUUGGUGUGUGUCCAACUACCUUGAAAAGAAUAUGUCGACAACAUGGGAUAUCAAGAUGGCCAUCCCGGAAGAUAAACAAAGUCAAUCGUUCUUUGAAAAAGAUACAAACAGUGCUUGAAUCUGUCCAAGGAGUAGAAGGGGGAUUGAAGUUUGAUCCAGCCACUGGAAGUCUCGUUCCCGCUAGCUCUAUCAUCCAAGAUUUUGAUGCACAGCAAAGCAUAUUUUUUCCCUGCAAAGAUGUCUCUGUCAAAAAUCCUAAUUCUGUUUUCCAGGAUGCUGUGUCUGUACCCUCAACACCAGGCAUUGACAAAGAAAACUCUAUGGUGAAAAUGGAAGAGGACUCUUAUGUUGAUGGGAACCAGCUCGGCCAAUCAAAUCAUAUCAAUACUAGCUCUUUCAAGGGAGGAAAUAAGUCAAGUAUUCCAGUGUCUGGAUUUUGUUAUGAACCCAAAUUGGCAGCAUUAGAUGCAAUGACAUCUAGACCUGCUAGUCAGACGAUGCUAUUAACUAAUUCCAGAAAUGCAUCACUGGGCUCUUUCCAUACAAAAGAAGGAUGCAGGAGGUGGGGGUUGGACAAUGAUACGAUGGACAAUUUUGAGUGUCAUUUCACUUCUCAGUGCUCAUAUUCGAAAGCUGCUGGAGAUGAUGGUGACACUAAGAUUAAAGGAGAUAAUGAAAUGGAUGGUGAUGGUGGGGUCAUUGAACAUAACCAAGCCAGUUCUUCAGCGAUGACAGAUUCAUCCAAUGGGUCUGAGUCAAUGAUGAACGGCAGUUCAUCAAGCUCCCGCAGUCAUGGUGCACGGAAGCAUUCUAAAGUUGAGGCAAACUUUGGCGAUAGUGGGUCAACAAUUACUGUGAAAGCCACUUACAAAGAAGAUACUACCCGAUUUAAGUUUGAGCCUUCAGCAGGGUGCUUCCAACUUUAUGAGGAGGUUGCGAAGAGGUUUAAACUGCAGACUGGGACAUUCCAACUCAAGUAUCUUGAUGAUGAGGAGGAAUGGGUGAUGUUGGUAAAUGAUGCAGAUUUGCAUGAGUGUCUUGAGAUACUGGAUUUUGUUGGUGGCCGCACUAUCAAGUUUCUUGUCCGCGAUACACCUUAUGCUAUGGGUAGCUCAGGCAGCAGUAACUGCUUUUUGGCUAGUGGCUCCUAGUACUGUAGCCGCAUGCAGGUCAGAAAGCUUCAAUCAGCAUCUGGUACUCUAUCCGAGUAUGAGAGGUUCUAGUUUACGCAUGGAUCACUUAUAGGUUUGGUUUUGGUAGAGCUUUUUCAUUCUACCUUUCAAUUUUCCUGCAGUUGAUAUGCAUUGUCAACAAUCUUUGGACUGCUAAAUCUAUGUGGCUGAAGUCUGCUUGACAGUCUCGAAGAUAGUUGCUGUGCUUAUUCCUAGCAGAGAUCUAAAGAAGAAAACCAAGAGCACAAGAAGAUGCACCAGUAGAAGCAUAGUAGGUGGAAAUCAUUUGUUGUGUGUUUUCUCUUACGUUUACAUGUGAGAUAGAUGGCACAUCUUUGUAUAAGGCACCGUCUCAAGUGCUUUACCUACUUUGUAAAUAUGUUAGUUUAAGAAUGUUCUUUUAGGGAAUAGUCAAAGCAAUAAGUUGUACAAUAUCCUUUUAGCAAUAAGUUGUACAAUAUCUUUUGAAUAAGAAAAUGUAAGAUAUCCUCUUCUAGUGUU